AGAAUGUCUGCGAGCUACGAGAGCCGACCCAGAGACAAUGGACCCGAAGGCAUGGAGCCUGAUGGGAUCAUUGAGAGCAAUUGGAAUGAAAUUGUGGAUAGUUUUGAUGAUAUGAGUCUAUCAGAGUCCCUGCUCAGGGGUAUAUAUGCCUAUGGCUUUGAGAAACCCUCUGCCAUCCAGCAGCGAGCUAUUAUGCCUUGUAUCAAGGGUUAUGAUGUCAUUGCUCAGGCUCAGUCUGGAACUGGGAAGACAGCCACGUUUGCCAUCUCCAUUCUCCAACAGAUAGAGCUGGAUAUGAAAGCCACACAGGCCCUGGUGUUGGCACCAACUCGUGAGCUGGCCCAGCAGAUCCAGAAAGUAGUUAUGGCCCUGGGAGAUUAUAUGGGUGCCUCGUGCCAUGCUUGCAUCGGGGGCACCAACGUGAGGGCUGAAGUACAGAAGCUGCAGUCGGAAGCUCCUCACAUAAUUGUGGGCACCCCGGGCAGAGUGUUCGACAUGUUGAACAGGCGGUACCUCUCCCCCAAAUACAUAAAGAUGUUUGUGCUGGAUGAAGCAGAUGAGAUGUUGAGUAGAGGCUUCAAGGAUCAAAUCUAUGAUAUAUUCCAGAAGCUCAGCAGUAAUGCCCAGGUGGUCCUGCUCUCAGCCACCAUGCCUGCCGACGUGCUGGAGGUGACCAAGAAGUUCAUGCGGGACCCUAUCCGAAUCCUGGUCAAAAAGGAAGAACUGACCCUGGAGGGUAUUAGGCAGUUCUACAUUAAUGUUGAGCGAGAGGAGUGGAAGCUGGACACGCUCUGUGACCUGUACGAGACCCUGACAAUCACACAGGCCGUUAUCUUUAUAAACACUCGCCGGAAGGUGGACUGGCUAACGGAGAAGAUGCACGCGAGGGACUUCACUGUCUCUGCCCUGCACGGCGACAUGGACCAGAAGGAGCGAGACGUCAUUAUGAGAGAGUUCCGAUCUGGAUCCAGUCGUGUUCUGAUUACCACAGAUUUGCUGGCCCGAGGCAUUGAUGUCCAGCAGGUCUCACUGGUCAUUAACUAUGACUUGCCGACCAACAGAGAGAACUACAUUCACAGGAUUGGCCGAGGGGGCCGUUUCGGUAGGAAAGGAGUUGCCAUCAACAUGGUUACAGAAGAUGACAAGCGCACACUGAAAGACAUAGAGACUUUCUACAACACCACAGUUGAGGAGAUGCCCAUGAACGUGGCAGACCUUAUCUAAACCUCCCGCCGGAGGGGCAGAAAAAAA